GUUAAACGAGAUCAACGUGCCACUCUUUCUCACCACCCCCUCUACUUUUAUCUUUUCUCCUCUUUCCCCGUUUUAAUUUCCGUUUUAAAAGUUAAUAACGUAGUUAUAGCCGUCGGAUUAGGAUUACGUCGGUGAUUAGUAUUUCUUAAUCAUUUUCUUAUUAGAGAGAGCGAAAAAAGGAGAGAGAGAGAGAGGGCGAAAUGGAGAGGGUUUUCUCCGUUGACGAGAUGUCCGACCCCUUCUGGGUGGCUUCGCCGGCGACCGGCGCCGGCGCCGUCGCCGGAGGCGGAGGAGGAGGAGGAGGGCGCGGGAGCGCGAUGAAUCGGAGCCCCUCCGAAUGGUAUUUCCAGAGGUUCCUUCAGGAGGCGGAGGAGGUGGCCGCUCCCUCCUCCUCCGCCGCUGCCGCCGCCGCCGCCGCCGCUCCUUCCAAUUCGAAUCUGAUCCCGAACCCUAACCAUAAUCGCGCUCCGAUUCCCGACCCUAGGCCCGUUCCCGGCCCCGGCGCCGCGGCUUCUGGUGUUUUGAGCUCCGGUGGUUCGUUGAAGGAGGGGGGAAGAGGGGGGGACGACGAUGUGGUGGAGAUCAAGGUGCCUGCUGACCUGGCGUCCGCCGGCACGUAUCGUCAGCCGUCGGAUGCCCCUGCGGCGGCGGCGGCGGCGGAGGAGGAUGUUGACCCCGGCGAGUAUCACGCGCUGCUGAGGCAGAAGCUCAAUAUGCAGUGCGCCGCCGUGGCGUUGUCGAGGGUUUCUGCUGUCAAACCCCAAGAAUCUUCUCCUUUAGCGGACAACAACUCACAAACUUCAGAUGCUUCACAAUGGGCUUCUCAAGUUGCUUCUGCUAAGGGUAGUGGAACGAGUGGAGGUUUAGCUCCACAUGUCCUGCAAAAUUCAGCUGCUGCAGAAAAGCCUCCAACUAGCUCUUCAUCAAGGGAGCAGUCGGAUGACGACGAUGAUGGAGAAAUAGAAACAACAGAAAAUAUGGACCUCACUGAUGCCAAAAAAAUGAGAAGGAUGCUCUCAAAUCGAGAAUCAGCAAGGCGCUCCAGAAGAAGGAAGCAAGCUCAUCUAUCUGAUCUUGAGGGACAGGUAUCCCAAUUAAGAGUUGAAAACUCAACCUUAUUAAAGCGUCUCACUGACGUUAACCAGAAGUACAAUGACGCCUCUGUUGACAACAGGUUGCUUAAGGCAAAUGUUGAAACUCUGAGAGCUAAGGUGAAAAUGGCGGAGGACACGGUGAAGAGAGUAACCGGCAUUAGCCCGCUGUACCCUACUAUGCCCGACAUGUCAUCGAUGGGCAUGCCCUUCUCCGGUAGCCCAUCAGAUGCCACGUCGGGUGACGCCGCCGUCCCCAUCCAAGACGACUCGGCACACUUCUUCCAGCCGCCUCCCAACGAUUAUCACAACAGAAUCAACUCUUGCCUCCCGGAGAUGGGCUCCGCCGCUCCGGCCACCGACGUGGCCCGUGGGCCCACAACCGGUGUGAAGAUGGGACGGACCGCCUCGUUGCAGCGGGUGGCCAGCCUGGAGCACCUCCAGAAGAGGAUCUGCGGGGAGCCGAGCCCGUCUGUGCCGUGGGAUGCUUCUCCUCCAACGUGGGAUCCCGAAGCCCCCACGAGUAAUAAAAGGGACCCGGCAUAAGGAAUUCCCAACCACUGCAUCGUCGAUUAUGUUGUGGGCUCAUCUUGCAUUGUGAGGAAGUCAACCUCUAACUCGUAUUUAUGUGUUUAUCUAUCCUUUGUGUAUACUCUCUACACUCUUAUUGGUGGUAUAAUAAUUUUUUUUUUUUUUUUUCAAGUUGAUAGCCGAUCAUUUUGUUGUUCCUCGUCUUUUUUUUUUUUUUUUUUUUUUAAGCAUAGGCUUUGUUUUUCUUUAAGCAUGGGGAUAUGUAAUGGGGAAUCGAAACUUCGACCUUGGAUGACAGAGUGAAACCUGAAACUCUUUCGUGAAUUUUGCUUC